UUCUACAAAUAAUCAAAAUAACAUAUUGUAAUUUAUAAUUUGUGUUUUCAUCUGCCCACCGUUGCGUUCCGUUCGAUUGUCACUUCGUUCUUGGUCGUUAUUUUCGAUGAAAUCAGCUGGCUUGUUUUUGAUUAAAAUUUCAAUACUCUGCCAAAGAAAAAAAUUAAGGGUUCUAUAAGAGAACUUUCGUUAAAAACGUAAUAAUAAUUAAUUUAGUGAUUAUUUAAUUUAGCAAUUAUGGUGUUUCGGAGUAUAAUCGCUCAAGUCGCAGACAAGCGAGUUCCAUUAAUUAAGUUUCGCAAGGGGGGCAGUCAACUUUUGCCUUCCAGCAGUUCUCCGCAUUCACAUACGCAGCAUGCGGGUCCAAAUUCAACAAUAGUAGAAUCUCCAACGAAUGCAAUAGAAGAUUGGGAAUUACCUUCUCGUUAUAAGCGCCUCCCCAUAACGAAUGAUGAAAUGGAAUAUAUAAACCGCGGAGGCCCAGCCUAAGCAGGAAAGAAUGAAUUCUAUCGUGAAAAACACUUGAAAUGUAGCUACGAAUAACGGCGCUGUGUUGCGGAUUUGUCAAUAACAAAAAAUUGUUAUGCAAUAAAUAUAUAAGUCGGUGGAAAAACUGAGGCACAUUUCAAUAAUUAUUUUUCCGUAAAAUA